UGCGCCGCGCUGCUCUUUGCUUUUGGCCAAUGCUCUCUCUCUUUUGCCCUCACGUCUGAGCAUCUGUUAGGUGGUUCCUUCCCCUACGCGAGAGCUCUUGACUGUGCGUAGCUAGACGAAGUCUCUAGUGUUUCAGAGGUGGCCUCUCCGCCACCAAGGACAAGGGAGAGCCUUGUAACUGCUUCGCAAGAGCGUGCGCUUGGCUAAGCGCUACCAGCCAGCAUGGAGGUUCCUUGGCGAGUUGUCCUGGCAGUUUGCGUCUUCGCAGCCUUGACGUCAGCACAGACUUGCCGGAAUCCACCGUUGGCGACGUUCGACGACGGCUUCAGCUACUACACGAACGCCAAGACGGGCGACCAAGAAGACUGGAUUCGCAGUCGUUCCGCCACGACGUCGGUGGGAACCGGACCGACGACCGACCACACCACAGGCACAACGGCAGGCCAUUAUCUAUACUUGGAGGCCACUGGUGCGUCUUCCGGUGACAAGGCGAUUCUGCUGUCCACCACGUACAACAACACGAAGUCAUGCCAAAUGAGCUUCUGGUACCACAUGUAUGGUAGCCAGAUUGGCACGCUGCAAGUGAUGUACAAGGAGCUGAGCGCCACGGCAACCACGCAGCUGUUCACCAAGACUGGUGACCAGGGCAACAAGUGGAUCCGCGGCGUCGUCACUCUGCCGGCUACGUCCAAGCUGUUCCAGAUUCAAUUCGUUGCAACACGUGGCAGUGGUUUCCGUAGUGACAUUGCCAUUGACGACGUCGCGUUUGCGUCGGCGUGCUGCAUGACCUACGUCAUCCCUAAGUCUACCCAAUGCGACGCAAGCAAGGUAGCAACGUUUGAAACAGGCACAAACGGCUGGGUGCAGGAGUUUAGUGAUCAGUUUGACUGGCGACGUGACGCAGCCGGUACUGGCAGUCUGCAUACCGGACCUGCCACUGAUCAUACCUACGGAAAUAACUCCGGGUACUACAUGUACAUUGAGACAAGCGGCCAGUCGUCAGGCGAUAAGGCUAUCCUCCGUUCACCACAGUACCCAGUCCCCGAUACCUUGUGCAAGUUCUCCUUCUGGUACCAUAUGUACGGUAGCACUAUCGGCACACUUGAGGUGCAGAUCAAGAUCGGCUCUACGACACGAUCCCUGUGGAAGACGUCUGGUGACCAAGGUGACGUAUGGAGGAAUGCAAAGGUUCCCCUGGGAACGGUCAGCGGACCAUUCACGCUGAGCAUCAUCGGCUCGAAGGGAACGAGUUUCACCGGCGACAUUGCGAUUGACGAUCUCGGCUGGGAUGCCAUCUCCUGCAAUUGCGUUCACUGCUCUGUUCCAGCCAACACUGCCUGGACAUCCGGCUGGCAAGGUUACACUCAAUUCACCGGCGACGACUUUGACUGGACCCGGCGUCAGGGUUCCACGCCAUCGUUUGGAACAGGACCCACCCGUGACCAUACAACCGGCUCUAGCUCCGGUUGGUAUGUGUACAUUGAGACCUCCCUGCCACGGAACAGAGGACAUGCGGCCGCCAUCAUCUCGCCAUCUUACACACCCACGAAAGGUGGCUGUUCAAUGAGCUUCUGGUACCAUAUGUACGGAGCAACGACCGGCACUCUUAACGUCUUCAUUCGCGUGGGCGUGAGGCGUGUCAGGCUAUGGACGCUGAGCGGCAAUCAGGGAAAUUCGUGGAAGAACGCCGUGGUCCCGUUCUUUGCCGACGGCGCAUACCAGAUGGAGUUCCAAGGCAUAACUGGAACCAGCUUCACUGGAGACAUCGCUCUGGACGACAUCACCUUCAACACCAGCUGUUGCCAGGUCACCAACAACCCAGUCACCACCGCUCCUAGCACCACUGCAUCACCGUGUGUUCAGCCCACGCUGGCCACGUUUGACUCAAGUACAAACGGCUUCACCAACUACCAGUUCGAUAACUUUGACUGGGUCCGUCAAAUCGGCCAAGUGGGUUCAACCAGCAGUGGACCCACACAGGAUCACACCAGUGAAUCGACCAGUGUAUCUGGUUACUAUUGGUUCAUUAAUACCAGGGCUUCCGGUUCUGGUGGCCAGCGCGCUGUUCUCAUCUCACCGUUUUAUCCGAAACCGACCAAACCAUGCCAAGCCUCGUUCUGGUAUCACAUGUAUGGCAGUUCAACAGGCGGCCUUGCGGUGACUGUUGCCUCAGCCGGUACAUACGUCCAGGUGUUCUCUAUGACCGGCAAUAAGGGAAACCGAUGGAUUCAGGCAAACAUUACCAUUCCUGCCUCCACUCCCGGCGACUAUCAGCUUCAAUUUGCUGCUACACGCCAAGGUGGCACCUUAGGAGAUAUUGCUAUUGAUGACGUCAUGUAUUACCCAAGCUGCUGUGGCCUCUCACCACCACCGACCACCACCAAGCCACCAGUCCCAGUUUGGCAUCCAUGCACGGCUGGUGUGACGACAUUCGACAAUGGCUGGCAGAACUACACCCAGCUGACUAACGGAACUCUGCUCUAUACACGCAGGACUGGUGGCACUCCAUCAUCCGGUACAGGUCCACCUGGUGACCACACGUCCGGCUCCGGCUACUACCUGUACAUUGAGGUGAGUAGCGGGCGGAGGGGAACUGCCACUCUGCUCUCGCCGUGGUACGUGGCCGUCAACAGCCUCUGCACAGUGUCCUUCUGGUAUCACAUGCAAGGUACUGCCACGGGCACACUGAACGUCUACGAAGAAGCUCCAGGCAUCACUUACAGCCUCUUCUCCAAGAGAGGUAGCCAGGGAGCAAGCUGGAUACAGGCCUCCGCCACGCUGAGCACUCCGCUGAACAGUCGCUUCCGCUUGGUGUUCCAGGCAACGCAUCUCUCUAGCGGCUUCACCGGUGAUAUUGCCCUGGACGACAUCGCCUUUGACAACAAGAAGUGUUGCGAAGUGUGCUCUUUCCAGAGAGCAGCCGUCAAUUUCGAUUCAGGCCUGCAAGGCUUCGUUCAGGACAGGACGGAUAACUUUGAUUGGACCCGGGACAACGCCGGCACACCGUCGUUCAACACCGGGCCCACUAACGACCACACUCUGGGAACUGCUGCAGGCUACUACAUGUACACGGAGACGUCCGGCCGGCCCGUCAACCAGGUCGCCAGGCUGAUCUCGCCGCGCUACGGCCCGCCCGACCAGGCCGGCUGCGCCGUCACCUUCUGGUACAACAUGUUCGGCGCGGCCAUGGGAACGCUGCGCGUCAAGGCCGUGCCCGUCCUGACCAACUUCAGCGUCACCGAGCAGGUGCUGUGGACGCUGUCCGGCAACCAGGGGGCCGGCUGGAAGAAGGCCACCACCAAACCUAUCACCAUGUAUACCGCUUACAAUCUCGUAAUUGAGGGUGUCGUGGGUACUUCGUUCACCAGCGACAUGGCAAUUGAUGACAUCUCUAUGCCCAAGACCUGUUGCAAAGUGUCUGUUAUUACUUGUAGUUCGACUGAGUGGCGGUGCGCUAACCUGGUCAACUGUAUUCCUCUCACGUCUCGCUGCGAUCUGAAGAACGACUGUCCGGAUAAUAGCGACGAAGUCAACUGCACUUGUGCUAGCGGAGUUGCUGGCAUUGCUCCAUUUGACUUUGAGACCGGCAACAUGGGAUUUCUGCAGCUGAACUCUUCAUUUGAUAACUUUGAUUGGACACGCACGCGUGGCUCCACUACGUCCGGCUCCACCGGUCCCACAACCGAUCACACCUUGAAAAGCACUCUGGGCUACUACUACUACAUCGAGACGUCUUCCCCACGUAGUAACGGCGACAAUGCCAUUAUGGUUUCUCCAUGGAUUCUGCCCAUCAGUCCCGUCGGUGCAAGACCAUGCACUAUGGAUAUUUGGCUCCACAUGUACGGCGCCACAAUCAACCAAUUUAACAUGUACAUUCAGGUUCCUGGAGGUGCGUUGAAUGCUACAAGUCUGUUGAGUAUGAGUGGCAACCAAGGAAACCUCUGGUUUAAGAGAACCGUCACGAUCCCAGCGACCAUCAAGACCAACUUCAGGAUUGUCCUCCAAGGCACGCGUGGCGGUAGCUUCACGGGUGAUAUCGCCAUCGACGACAUCACCUUCUCCUGGACAUGCUGCUCCAAGGGUGUUGUUCCUCCUCCACCAUCUCCCACACCCACGCCGAUUUCAAUGUGUCCACCAAAGACGAGCACGUUCACUACCAACCUGGACGGCUACACGCAGUCCACCGCGGACGACUUCAACUGGAUCAGGCGGCGCGGGGGCACCACAUCAGGGAGUACUGGACCCACCAACGAUCACACCACGGGAACAGGUUUCUACAUGUACAUCGAGACGUCGGCACCACGUAGCCUUGGCGACAAGGCCGUUCUCAUCUCGCCGUCGUACCUGCGGACCUCCACGCCCGUCUGUUCACUCUCCUUCUGGUACCACAUGUACGGCACUACCAUUGGCACUCUCAACGUCUAUCAGGUGAGCGGAGCUGUCACCGUGACAACCACCAAACUCUGGACCAAGACCGGCGGCCAGGGCAACAGAUGGAUCAGGGCCACCAUCAACCUCAAGCCCGUCAUCAACGACAAUGCUUUCUACCUGACAUUCGAAGCAAUCAGAGGCACCUCGUUCACCGGUGAUAUUGCAAUUGACGAUGUCUCCUUCGACAAGGACUGCUGUGUGGUCUGUUCUAGCCCGGCCAACAUCACGUUCGAGAAGAACCUGGGCGGUCUCACUCAGUCGACGACCGACAAGUUUGACUGGACGAUCUGGAACGGUGGUACGUCAUCUGGAAGCACCGGUCCGGCCAUUGAUCAUACUCUCGGAACGGGUCUUGGAAUCUAUGCUUACAUCGAGACGUCUUCGCCUCGCGUUGCCGGCGAUACGGCCAUUCUGACUUCAGGUCUGUUCGAUACUGCCAAGGCCGGUGGCUGCCCUGUGACAUUCUGGUAUCACAUGUUCGGUGCAAGCAUCGGAUCACUGACCAUCUCUACGAUCGACAGCAAGGGAGCUACCGCUCAAGUCUGGAUGCUCGCUGGUAACCAAGGCAACGUGUGGCGCCAAGGCAACUUCACCAUUCCGACCAGCCUCGGCCAGUUCAAGCUUGAAUUCAAGGGAACCCGCGGCACAUCGUUCACCGGUGAUAUCGCCAUUGACGACAUCUUCUUUGCUCCAGGCUGCAGUUGCUAUGGUGAGCUGAUGACUCAAUACUCUGGCUUGCGUGCAUGUCUCUCUCUCUCUCUCUCUCUCUCUCUCUCUCUCUCUCUCUCUCUCUCUCUCUCUCUUGUUCUAGUACUAUCUAUGAUUAUGAAGUUGUGAUUCUCAUUCAAUGGU